AGAUGCAAUGGGUAUUUAAAGCCAGGAAUCAGUCAAUUUGCAGUCAGUGAAAGACUUUCCUCACAAUGUUGGCCAGCAUAUGGAUUCUACUUUUCAUGCGAUUCGCGCCAAGCCUGAGCCUCAAGUCCAUCAGAGGCGUUCAUCAGUCGGAUACGGAAGUGAGCAAGAUCAUGAGGUCCAUGGAUGUGAUACCAGAUGUAAUACACAUCGGACCGCAGGAGUUCCUUAAUGUGACUUACCACGGACAUUUAGCAGCACAUUGUGGAAAGGUACUGGAACCCAUGCAAGUGCGUGAUGAACCCUCCGUAAAGUGGCCCUCGGCACCGGAAAACUACUACGCCCUGCUUAUGGUGGAUCCGGACGUACCCAAUGCCAUAACACCCACGCACCGGGAGUUCCUACACUGGAUGGUCCUCAACAUACCCAGCAAUCUGUUGUCCCUUGGGGAUGUGCGCGUGGGAUACAUGGGCGCCACUCCGCUGAAGGGAACCGGAACCCAUCGGUUCGUCUUCCUGCUCUACAAGCAGAGGGACUACACCAAGUUUGACUUCCCGAAACUGCCGAAGCACUCGGUUAAGGGUCGCAGUGGAUUUGAAACCAAGCGGUUCGCUAAGAAAUACAAAUUUGGGCAUCCGGUAGCUGGGAACUUCUUUACAUCCCAAUGGAGCCCCCAUGUUCCAUCCCUUAUCAAAGCCAUCUCACACAAUGCCCGUCAAGUAGCACACUUUUGAAUUUAGAAUAAAAAUAAUGCCAAAUUUA